CUGAAAGAAAGGAGGGGUAGAACACGAUACGAAGCUCCCAAUGUACUACAGUCCGUCUACUGGUAGUCCACGAACGCACCCAAGUCAUAGAUAAUCUUGUCUUGAGCCGUGGGAAAAAGUCCGUGUCCUAUCUGUAAAAAAUUCUAAAUGGAAGUGAAAGAAACGUCCGUUUUGGUAUUCUUCGUCAACGGGAGAAAGGUAGUUGACCAUAGUGCAGAUCCAGAAUGGACUCUUAUACAUUAUUUAAGAAAAAAGUUGAGAUUAUGUGGGACAAAACUAGGCUGUUCAGAAGGAGGAUGUGGAGCCUGUACAGUGAUGGUUUCAAAAUAUGACAGAAAGAAAAAUCACCCCAUACAUUUUACGGUAAAUGCGUGUCUUACUCCUGUUUGUGCAAUGCAUGGACUUGCAGUCACAACUGUAGAAGGUAUUGGGAGUGUGAAGACAAAAUUACACCCUGUACAAGAGAGGAUUGCUAAGUCACACGGAUCGCAGUGUGGGUUUUGUACUCCAGGAAUUGUUAUGUCGAUGUAUACAUUGCUCAGAAAUCACAAGAAUGUCCCAACUCUGACAGAUAUGGAGACAGCUUUUCAAGGAAAUUUAUGUAGAUGCACUGGGUAUCGUCCAAUUUUGCAGGGAUAUAUGGCAUUUCUUGAGGAAUACGAAAGAAGCUGGAUGGUGAAUGGUUCAGAAGAGAGUAUUAUUAAUGGAGACUGCACCAUGGGAAAACUGUGCUGCAAGAACAAUGGGAUUGAACAAAAUGGUUGCAAUAACUCAAUUGAAAGUGAACAUGAAUUUUCAACAAAGCCAUAUGAUCCAACUCAGGAACCGAUAUUUCCUCCAGAAUUAGCAAUCUCUGAUAAAUACGAUAAAGAAUAUUUGAUCUUCCAAGGUCCGAGGGUGUCUUGGUAUCGUCCAAUUACACUCAAAGAGCUGAUCUUUCUAAAGAGUAAACAUCGUGAUGCUAAAAUUGUCAAUGGAAACACUGAGAUUGGAGUAGAAGUAAAAUUUAAAAACUGCCUAUAUCCAACUCUUAUAUCGCCGAAUGUAGUCAAUGAACUUUUAAGCAUAAGUAUUGAUAUGUAUGAAGAUAAAAAGUAUGUAAAAGUUGGCUCUGCGGUAACAUUAAGCCAAUUGGAAGAUUAUUUGAUUCAAUUGAUAAAUGAUGAACCAGAAUGGAAGACCAGGAUUUUUCAAGAGAUUUACAGCAUGCUUCAACUAUUUGCUGGGAAACAAAUAAGAAACACUGCGACUGUUGCUGGAAAUAUAAUGACAGGCAGCCCAAUUUCUGAUUUAAACCCUACAUUUAUGUCUGUGGGGUGCAAAAUGUUGUUCCUUUCUAAAAGCGGUUCAAGAGUUGUGGAAAUGGAUUCAAAUUUUUGGACUGGGUAUAGAACAAAUAUUGUUAAACCAGAAGAAGUGCUAUGCAACAUUUUUAUCCCUUUUACAUCAAAACAACAAUAUUUCAAAGCUUACAAACAAUCUAAAAGAAGGGAUGAUGAUAUUGCAAUUGUAAAUGGUGCAUUUUUCUUAGAAAUUGAAAGAUGUGUCAUUAAAAAAAUCCGAAUAGCAUAUGGAGGCAUGGCUCCAACUACCAUCAUGGCACUGAAAACAUGCUCAGCAUUGAGGGGGCAAGAAUGGAAUGAAAAGUUAUUUUCAAAAUCAGCUUCCGGUUUAAUAGAGGAACUGACACUAUCUGAUGAUGCUCCAGGUGGAAUGGUGCAAUAUAGAAGAACUUUAAUGAUAAGCUUGUUCUUCAAGUUUUUUUUAGCUAUUUCUGAUAUACUUAAUAAAGUUGGGUUUGAUGUUGCUUUACCAAAGUCAUAUUUGAGUGGACAGUAUCAAUUUAAAAAUCUUACACCAAGUGGAUCUCAAUAUUUCUCCAAGGUGCCAUCCAGUCAAGAAAAAUACGAUACUGUUGGUCGCCCAAUUGUUCAUUUGUCUGCAUACAAACAAGCAUCAGGGGAAGCAAUUUAUUGCGAUGACAUGCCAUCAUUUGAAAAUGAGGUUCAUCUCAGUCUUGUAACAAGUACUAAAGCACAUGCAAGGAUCUUAUCAAUUGAUCCAGCUGAGGCACUUUCUAUCCCUGGUGUUGUUGAUUUCAUCUCAGCAAAAGAUAUUGAGAAGGGGCGAAACUGUGUAGGGCCGAUUGUUCAUGAUGAAGAAGUGUUUGCAUCAGAAAUUGUCAAUUGUCAUGGCCAGUUGAUUGGAGCUGUUGCUGCGAUUGAUCAUCUAACAGCAAGUAGAGCAGCUAAGCUAGUGAAGGUCACUUAUGAGGAUCUAAAACCGGUCAUCAUAACAAUGGAGGAAGCGAUUGCCUAUAAUUCUUAUUAUCCCGGAUCACCCGCUAUAGUUAAGCAAGGAGAUGUGGAAAAAGAAUUUGAAAGAGCAGAAUUCAUGAUAGAAGGUGAAUUGAGGAUUGGAGGCCAGGAACAUUUUUACUUGGAGACACAAGCCACAAUAGUUAAUCCAAAAAUAGAAGAUGAUGAGCUUGAAAUAUUUUGUUCUACACAGCAUCCACAUGACUUACAACUUUUAGCUGCACAUGUUCUUGGGAUUCCAUCAAACCGGAUUGUAUGUAGGGUCAAAAGAAUAGGCGGAGGCUUUGGGGGCAAGGAAAGUAGAUCUUGCUUUCUAGGAUUGCCUGUAGCUGUAGCAGCACACAAACUUCAGAGGCCCGUAAGGUUUUCAUUAGAUAGAGAUGAGGACAUGGUAAUCACUGGUCAUAGACACCCAUUUCUUGCAAGGUACCAAGUUUCAUUUACAUCACAGGGCAAGAUCACUGGUUGCGUCAUGAAAUUAUACUGCAAUGCAGGCUCUUCCUUAGAUUUAUCAGAUGAUGUCAUGGCACGAGCUAUGCUCCACUGCAUGAAUGCUGCAAAUAUUCCAAACAUUACCUGUUAUGGCUAUGUGUGCAAAACGAACUUACCUUCAAAUACUGCUUUUAGAGGAUUUGGUGCUCCACAAGCGAUGCUAGUAGGGGAAAUCAUUAUAGCACAGAUAGCAGAAAAAUUAGAAAUGGAUGUCAACAAAGUGCAUGAAGUUAAUCUAUUUAAGGAAGGAGAUUACACAUUCUUUGGUGAAAAGUUAACAAAUUGCAAUAUUGGAAAAUGUUGGGAUGAUUGUUUAACAACUUCUGAUUAUAAAAAUAGGAAAAAAUUGAUUGAUAGAUUUAACAGUGAACAUAAGUACAGAAAACGUGGUGUGGCAGUAAUCCCAACUUUUUAUGGUGUCGGCUUCUCGACAUCUUUUCUUGAACAAGCUGGAGCAUUAGUUUUAGUUUAUGUGGAUGGUGCUGUUCUUAUCUCUCACGGAGGAACAGAAAUGGGCCAAGGUCUGCACACUAAAAUGAUUCAGGUAGCGAGCCGUGCACUUGGGGUGUCUGUUGAAUACAUUCACAUAUCUGAGACAGCAACAGACAAAGUGCCAAAUGCUUCCCCAACUGCAGCCAGUUUUUCAUCAGAUCUCAAUGGAAUGGCUAUUUUGAGAGCUUGUGAAACUAUUAAAAAAAGAUUGGAACCCAUAAUAGCAAAAGACCCAAAAGGAAGCUGGAAGGAAUGGGUGAAAGCAGCGUAUCUUCAAAGAAUUUCAUUAUCUGCCUGUGGAUUUUAUCACUCUCCUAAUGAACCUAUUGACCCAAGAAAAACAAAAGGUCAAGUAUUCAAUUACUUUACUUAUGGAACAGCAUGCUCAGAAGUAGAGAUCGACUGCCUCACUGGUGACCACCAGGUAAUUAGAACUGAUAUAGUAAUGGAUGUAGGAGAGAGUUUGAACCCAGCGAUUGAUGUUGGCCAAAUCGAAGGUGCUUUCAUGCAGGGAUAUGGUUUAUUCACAAUGGAAGAACUUGUAACAUCACCUACUGGUGUGUUGUAUUCCAGAGGGCCUGGAACCUACAAAAUACCAUCAUUCGCUGACAUCCCUUCUCAAUUCAAUGUUACACUGUUGAAGGGAAGUUCCAAUCCAAGAGCAGUCUAUUCAUCCAAAGCUGUAGGAGAACCACCUUUGUUUCUUUCGGCUUCAGUAUUUUUUGCAAUCAGAGAUGCCAUAAAAGUUUAUAGAAAGGAUAAUGGUUUUUAUGACCCGUUCGAGUUCAAUUCACCUGCAACCUGUGCAAGGAUCAGAAUGGCUUGUGCAGAUAACAUAAUAAAAAUGCUCCCAGAAUCACCUAAAACAGGAAAUUUUGUGCCAUGGAAUGUUGAACCUUAGCUUUAAGGCUUAAAUACAUAUUGCAUUUUUUAUAUAGAUAGUUAAUAGUAUUUUAGUUACAGUAUUUUUCAUAAAGACUAAAUGAAAGUUAAAUUUAGAAUUCAAAAUUAUGUAUGAUAUAUACCACAUAAUUUAUUUUUCAUUUCACAUACCAGGGUGUAUUUGACAGUAUUUUGUAAUGUAACUAACAUUCCUAUGUGCCAUUAGUAAAUGUGUUACUUGUUAAGCCUACUUCUUCUUCCUCUUACUGGUUUAGCCUAACCAUUUGUGUUAAAUCAUCCAAUGUUCAAAUUAGUAACACACAAACUCAAUACAUGCUUCUUAUAUAGAGCAGUGUUGCAUGGCAGCCAUUUUGACUCAAUAAAAUCUAAUUACUUUCUUU